AUGUCACUGUCAGUACAGGGUGCUACUGCAAGGUGUGAAGAUUUAGAGGCUGCUCAGUGGUCAAUAUCAGUGAAGCAUCUGCCUGACAACCUGUUCAAGUGGGCAUUUAAUGCUAUCCAAGAGACUCUUCCAACUGCUCUGAACCUCUGUUUGUGGAAGAAGUCGGAGUCCAACCAGUGUUCCCUCUGUCAACAACCGGAGUCCCUUUGUCAUGUCCUUAACGCUUGCCCGGAAUUGUUGAAACUGGGUCUUUACAAGGAGAGGCAUGACAAUGUUCUUGCACUUCUUUACGACUUUAUCAAGUCUAACAGCUCUUCGGACUAUCAAGUUCUUUGUAAUCUGCCUUCUCUGCCCUAUCAGUUUCCGAACGAAAUAGCACUUACGACAUUGUGUCCAGACCUAGUCGUUUACAGUUGCAAGUUGAAAAAGUCUUGGCUCCUUGAAUUGUCGGUGCCGUUUGAGCCGGUGGCAGAAGAUACUAAAGCUAGAAAACAUCUACGGUAUAAAGAUCUUGUGCAGGAUGCCAAGUCCUCUUAUCACACAGAAUUGCUACAGCUAGUUAUUGGUUCAAGAGGUUUCAUUUUCUCCGAAACGAAACGAUCACUGGCCCGAGUGUGCAAGCCGUUCAAACGAGACAUGGACAUCCUUUUUGACAACAUCAUUCAGGCAGUUAUCAGAAGUUCCUAUCGCUGCUGGAUUAACAGAAAAAAACUAGUAGUUCAAGUGUUUGUCUUGUUUAACUGUUAUUUUUGUUGCUUGAAAUGUAAUUUCUUCCCAUUUUAG